AUGGGAAGCAUAGGCCCCCAGAACGGCAUUGAGGGCGAAAACUUGGAUGUGCUCAUUAUUGGAGCUGGUUUCACGGGUUGCUACUUACUUCCUAAAUUGCGAAACUUGGGGUUCAAGACAAAGAUUGUGGAAAGCGGUUCGUAUUUUGGAGGAGUAUGGUACUGGAGUAGGUAUCCUGGAGCUCGAGUGGAUAGUCCAUAUCCUUACUACAGCUUGUCAUUGCCCGAGGUGUAUAAGGAUUGGGAGUACAAGGAGUUGUUUCCUCCAUGGCACGAGCUACAACGCUACUUUGCCCAUGUCGACAAGACGCUGGGCUUGAGUAAAGAUGCAAUCUUCAAUUCCAGGGUUACUUCAGCAACCUUCAACGAGGACGAAAACACUUGGACUGUUGAAUGUCACAACGGAAAGCUUUUUAAGACGAGAAUUCUGGUCGCCGGUAUCGGGUUUGCGGCCAAAGAGUACGUGCCUCAGUGGAAAGGCAUGGACAAAUGCAAGGCCCGAAUUGUUCACUCAUCUCACUGGCCAGCGGAUCUGGAUAUCAAGGGAAAAAAGUUGGCUGUCAUCGGAAAUGGAGCAACUGGUGUUCAGUUGAUUCAAGAAUGUGCAGAUCAAGCUUCAGAAUUGACUGCUUUCAUCAGAACCCCCAAUAUCUGCCUUCCAAUGCAGCAGAAGCCCCUGAUCAGCAGCGAACAGAAGGUUCAGAAACAGUCCUUCCCUGAGUUAUAUCAACGACGCCUGACGACGGUUGGCGGCUUGGAAUUUACCGCUCAAACCAGAGCUCAUGCGGAUUUUACGCCCGAGGAGCGAGAAGAACUACUUGAAAGACUUUGGAAGAAGGGUGGAUUUGCUCCCUUUGCAGCAUCAUUCAACGACACUUUGACUAGCCCUACGGCCAAUGAUACUGUUUACCAGUUCUGGCUGAAGAAAACCAGGGCCCGCGUGCCAGACAAAGCAAAAGCUGCGAUCGUGGCUCCUUCAGUUGCUCCUCAUCCGUUUGGGGCGAAGAGACCAUCGCUCGAACAGGAUUACUACGAGAAGAUUAGUCGGCCUAAUGUCAGCGUGGUAUCAGUCAAGGAAACGCCUAUCACAGAGUUCUCUCAGGAUGGCAUCGUCACCGCAGACGGCAAGGUCCACAAAUUUGAUAUCAUCGCGUUGGCCACCGGAUAUGACGCCAUCACUGGGAGUUAUAAGAAUAUUGACAUCAGAGGGCUAGGCAGGCGUGAGCUGAACAGCAAGUGGAAGUCGGGUACUCGGACCUAUCUAGGUAUGGCCACGCAAGGAUUUCCAAAUUUGUUCUUCACGUACGGACCACAAUCACCAGGACCCUAUGUGAACGGUCCGUCUUGUACAGAACCACAGUGUGAUUGGAUUGCAGACGUCUUGUCCAAAUUACGGGAUCAAUGCCUGUCGAGGAUCGACCCAGACGAAAAUGCAGAGCGACAGUGGAGCGAGACUGUCAAUGCUAUCUCUAAAGCAACUCUCAUCCACGAAGUCAAAAGCUGGUGGACGGGAGCAAAUAUCCCCGGCAAGCCAAUGGAGGCAUUGGGGUACCUCGGAGGUCUUCCCAAUUACUUGAAAGCACUCAAAGACUCUUUGGAAAACGACCUUCAAGGAUUCAAAGUCUCUUGA